GCUGCUGGCCGUCGGUGCGCACACACUAACGUUACAUGGAGGAAAACAGAGCGACAAACUGGGCAAACUUGAGUUGAAUUGUGCGCACAAUACUGUUGAAAUUACCGGUAACUGUUUCCUGGGUGAUGAGACUAUAAUUUGAUUUGCUACUUGUGAAGUGCCCCAACUGCCACCUAGGCUGUUUUUUUCUUGUAAUUUAUCACUGACUGAAAUGAGAACCGCUGAAGGCGCAUCUGGAACGGUCCUCCACCGUCUCAUCCAAGAGCAGCUCCGCUACGGGAAUCUGACAGACACUCGCACACUCCUCGCUAUCCAGCAGCAGGCCCUGCGUGGAGGCAGCAGCGGCGGGGGCACGGGCAGUCCUCGCUCGUCUCUGGAGAGCCUGACUCAGGAGGAGUCCCAGUACGUCCAGAUGUCAAAACGGCAGGAGCCUCAAGGCCAGGAGCACCAGGGGGACUGCCUUCACUCCGAGAGCCAGGUGUGCCAUCUGUACCAGCUCCAUGGAGAGGAGCUGCCCACCUACGAGGAGGCCAAGGUCCACUCCCAGUACCUGAUCUCCCAGCUGGGGCAGGCGGAGCAGGAAGGGCCCAAUAUGGACAUAAUGGGGAGACGCAGUGAGGGACAGUGGGAUUUGAAGAGGGAGCACGCUCGCUCCCUCAGCGAGAGACUCCUGCAGCUUUCUCUGGAGAGGAACGGAGCUAGACACAGUCUGGCUAUGAGCUCUUCACACAGCUAUCCACAGCUGUAUCAUAAUAAUGUCACAAACGCUGUGGCCCCUGACAGGCAAGGGUCCCAACAGUGUGUGGACCAGCGAGGGCCACCCCCGGACUAUCCUAUCUUUGCCAGACUUCCUGGAUAUAUGGUCAGCCACUCACAGGAGCAUGGACAGUACUGCAGAGACCCUCCUCCCCCCUUCUACUCACAGCAUCACAGAGGGUAUGUGUCAGCUCAGUCCCAGGUGGCUCACAACAGCAUCACCGCAGCCCCGAGCAAUAACUCAGCUCAGACUGACGCGUUGAUGCGGGAGAACGAGAGGCUCAGGAAGGAGCUGGAGGUCUAUGCCGAGAAGGCCGCCAGGCUGCAGAAGUUGGAGUUAGAGAUCCAGAGGAUAUCUGAAGCUUAUGAGACUCUGAUGAAAGGCUCUGCCAAGCGGGAAACUCUGGAGAAAACAAUGAGGAAUAAACUAGAGGCUGAGAUCAAAAGGAUGCACGACUUUAACAGAGACCUGAGAGAACAACUUGACACAGCUACCAAACAGCGAGCAGCCAAGGAGGCCGAGUGUACAGACCAGAGACAGCAUGUCUUUGUUAAACUGCUGGAGCAAAAUGAAGAGCAGCAGAGGGAGCGUGACCAACUGGAGAGGCAGAUACAGCACCUGCGCGUCUCCGGGGAGGAGUGCCAGCGGAGACGGGAGCUGCUUGAGCAGGCUCUGGCCUCCACGCAGGCCCGCAACCGGCAGCUGGAGGAAGAGCUGCAGCGGAAGAGAGCGUACGUGGAGAAAGUGGAGCGUCUGCAGAGCGCGCUGGCUCAACUGCAGGCAGCGUGCGAGAAGAGGGAGGCGCUGGAGCUGCGGCUGCGCACACGGCUGGAGCAGGAACUGAAAAGCCUCAGGGCACAACAGUCUCAGAACCAGGCAGCUGACCCCACGGCUUCAGAACUCAGCUCCUCCACGCUGCAGCAGCAGCUGAGGGAGAAAGAGGAGCGUAUUCUGGCCCUGGAGGCAGACAUCACCAAGUGGGAGCAAAAGUACCUGGAGGAGAGCACCAUGAGGCAGUUUGCAAUGGAUGCAGCUGCCACCGCUGCAGCACAAAGAGACACAACCAUCAUCAAUCACUCACCUCGACAUUCACCAAACAACAGUUUUAAUGAAGACCUGCCUUUGUCAAGUCAUAGACACCAGGAGAUGGAGAACAGGAUCCGCGCGCUUCAUGCUCACCUCCUGGAGAAGGAUGCUGUGAUCAAAGUCCUCCAGCAGCGCUCCAGGUUGGAGCAGGGCAAGCUGGAGAAACAGGGGCUUCGUCUGGCGCGGUCCGUCCCCUCUAUCAACACCGUGACCAGCAGCACAGAGAGCAAAGGAAAGAGCCUCUCAGAUGACCAGACAGGUGCUACCGUGCUGCAACCCCGACCCCUCAUGGUGCCCAGGGGCCCGAGCAGAGACUGCAGCACCCAAAGCGACGAGACCCCGGAGGAGCCUGAGCUCAUGGCAGAGCCUAGCAAGCUAAAGACUUCUGAGGCAUCAGCAGCUACCACUGACACCUCAGAGGAGCCAAAGGCACCACUCAAGACGCUCAAGAGCAUCAACAGCUUGGAUGCAGACGUGGUUGAAAUCCUCAUCUGAGUGCUCACUUGCAGCCAAUAUGACUGAACAGUGACGGCCAAUGAUGACAGAGACUUUUGGCUUUUUUCCUCGAUGUCUGACCACAAUAAAAAAAAAAGGCUGACCCGUCUGGCGCGAAUCUAAAUUGAAAUGCAGAGUCCAGAAUGUGGCAGAGUCUGGAGAGGAGAGCUGAGCUUUCCCUCUGCUGACAGUUGCCUCGUGAGUCAGAAUUCUUCAAGGUACCUGGACAGUAUUGUGCGUUAUGAUAGGAACUGGGCUGCUGAUUGUGCAUAUGUUGUGCAUGUUACUUAUUAGUUAUGUAUUGUAUUUAUAUUUGUAAAUGCUGCUCGUAUUAUGAUGUUACUUUUAUGUUUGAGAAGAACAAGGAUCACUCGUCUUGCUCUGCUCCACUUAAAUUAUACACAAAUGUACUCAUUGUUCUGGAUUAAGUGCGCAACACAUUUAUGUUUUGUUUGGUUUAUUUUGAAUUUCCAGUAGUGAGCCUAUUACCAUCCUCUCUGAAAAUAAUGGGAAUAUUUAUAAAAUGACUCAGUAUAAGCUUCCUCUAUGUUUUCAUGCCAUGUUUGGGGAUUAUUCUGUUUAACAGAACUACUCAAACCUGAAUUAACAGUUGCUCCUUUCUUUAAAAUACAUUUGGGGGCCCUGCUCACAGCCCAGGAUUUGGAAACUUCCUCUGAAUGCGGAGCCUGCAGAACGUCUGCUCAUUUCUCUCUUUAAAAAGCCUGUGAGGAUUGACAGCGUUUCACGGGGGUCUAAUUUUCCAGAUCCCGGGUUAAUGUUUGGGGCCUCAGAUGGCGACUGCCCAGCAUUUCGCUCUCCUCCGCUGACACGCUGGAGCUAAUCUUCUCACAUUCCCCCACUGAGGGAAUGCUCCCGUUAAAGAAAAAGGCUAUCUAAAGUCUGACCCCUCGCCCUUGUUAAAAUGGCACGCAUUCUCCACGAUUCCUUUUCUGGGGCUGGUUAUUUCUUCUGAGCCGCGGUAGCCGGUUCUACCACGAGCAGAGAAAUGGUCAACUAUAAUUGGCCUGCAUUUGCUACUCUAUUUGUUGUCCCCAUCAAUGUGUUAUAUUCAGCUGAGUUUUCUCCAUUGCUCAAGUAUCUCACAUUUCUGGGACAACAUGGAAUCUUCUAUUUAUUUCUCCCUGCACAGUGUAGGAUCACUGAACACUGCUGAAUGUAGACUCCUGUUUCCCAGGACUGUUUUGUAUUUAACUGGAAUGUGCCAGAGUUUCGAUUUGUCCCACCCAUUAGAGGGGAAUACCUAAAACUCAACAUCAAUGCAUUUAAGAAGAUGCUAAUACAUUAUUGUUAGUACUGAUGUUACUGUGCCUCAAAGUCUUCAUGUGAGUCACAAACUUUUGUUCACUGUCAGGUUCCUUCUUUGACAGCAUUAUCAACAGGAGUAUUGUCUGAAGUCCCACAAAUGGCAUGUGAAACCUCACAUUUGACUGGUAUUCCCCUUCAAGCUUUUUCAUCAUAUGUCCCGUCACAGUGCGUCUGCUGGUCAGCGCGGUGUGUCAGUUUUAAUUCAUGCCCUUCACUUUGUUUGGAAUGUGUUUACAUGAAUGGCUAUUUGAAGUGAGAGAUGUUAAUAUAUUUUGUAGUUGUUGUUUUUUUCAUUUAUAUACUGUUUGUUUUAUUUUCUGGUGCCAAAGAUGUACUCUACUUUUAAGUUAUAACCGAUGAUGAAUACAAAAGGUUCUGUUAUGGUUCCUUGCUUCAGCUGGUUGACCCAUUGUGAUGUUGCUGUGAACUUUUGUAAAGGAAACAUUUGUAUGUAUGCCUUAACAUUUCACUAUAAUAGAUUAAAAUUCUUAAUAUAUGUCUGAUAAAA